UUCCUCUCUUUCGUGAAAAGGAAACUUCACUCGGUCUUUAUUGCUUCGGUGAAAAGAAAACUUCACUCCGCGUGCUCUGUCAGAGUGUGUGUAAAGAGAGAAAUAUAUAGCACAGCGCAUAAUUUCAACGUGAUGGGACAUUCAUCGAAGACAGAGCUCUGCAAUUAACUUCAUCCUUGACAACAACAACACAUUGGUGUGGUAUCGGGGGUUACCGAACAACAGUCUGACUGUGGAAUAAGACUUUGGAGAAAUUGAUGACAAGUUUACAGAUCUGAGUGGGAUUGUAGCAGCAGCAAGAGCAAAGGACACAUACUUUUCGAUUGACCUUGGUCUAAGAUGGUUGAAGAGAAAAUAAUUUGUUAUCACUCCAACAAGUAAUAAUGAAAAUUAGAUGUGUUUAUCCAAGCAAACUGCGGAAGAAGCAUUUUAUUUCUUCAUUAUCGUCGCUGUUGGUGAUCUGUGCCUUGCUGCUGCUCUGCCUAAAGGUCACCGUUAAAAACAGUGUGACUAUUGAACAGUACGGGACUACCGCAGGCUACGAUGACGUCGAGCCUCCCCACCGCUACAACAUUGACUGCAAUGCCAUCUACAACAUGGAUCCGGCCGAGGUGGGGAAGUCACUGGUCAUCAGAAAACAAGGGGUGGUGUGGGAGCAGGAUGAGAGCUUGAUCAACCUGACCUCUAACUGCCCGCGCUACCUCCGCUCCCGGGGCUAUGGCACCGUCCAGGUGUCCGAGGAGGAACAGGCCUUUCCACUGGCUUACUCCCUGGUGGUCCACAAAUCUGCCUUCAUGGUGGACAAGAUCCUCCGGGCCGUCUACACCCCUAACAAUAUCUACUGUAUCCACUACGACCUGAAGUCAUCAGAACUGUUCAAAGAGGCCAUGGAGGGUCUGGUCCGCUGUCUGCCCAACGUCUUUAUCGCCUCUAAGCUGGAGACAGUGAUGUACGCCAGCAUUAGCCGCCUCAAAGCCGACCUUAACUGCCUGUCUGACCUCAUGGGGUCAGAGGUCAAGUGGAGGUAUGUCAUCAACCUGUGCGGCCAGGACUUUCCCUUGCGCUCCAACAUAGAGCUGGUGGCCGACCUGAAGAAGCUCCAGGGGGGUAAUAUGAUGGAGACGAGUCGUCCAAGCAAAUACAAGAAGCAGCGUUUCUCCUUCCACCACAAGCUGCAGGACGCCGCCUUCGGGUACAUCCAGAUGCCAGUGAAAACCGACAAGGCCAAGGAGCCUCCCCCACGCGGCAUCCAGAUGUUCAUCGGCAGUGCCUACUUCGUGCUCUCGUGGGAGUUUGUAGCGUAUGUGAACACGUCUACACUGGCUAGGGAUUUCCUGGUGUGGUCGAACGACACCUACUCCCCAGACGAACACUUCUGGGCCACUCUGACACGGGUGCCGGGCGUGCCGGGCGAGGUGCCCCGGGCCCAGGCCGACGUCACAGACCUAAUGAGCAAGACCAGGCUGGUGAAGUGGAGUUACCUGGAGGGACCACUUUACCCAACAUGCACAGGGAAACAUGUCCGCAGUGUGUGUAUCUAUGGGGCUGGGGAGCUGUACUGGCUCAUGAACUACGGCAGCUGGUUCGCCAAUAAGGUGGAUCCCAAAGUUGACCCAGUUCUUAUCCAAUGUCUGGAGGAGAAAUUAGAGGAGAAACAGAGACUCUUGGUCAAGGCUAAGAAGUCACAACCAGAGACUCCCUCCUCUGGAAAAUGUUAAAUUAAUUGAUGAGUGAUUGAUGGAUUAAUAAUUGCUUGAUUCAUGUUGGAAUAUGGACUACUGUAAUUACAGCACCAUUUUAGUAUAUAUAUUUAUUUUUUUACAGUUUUUGUGUGUGAGUUGAUUAUGUCAGAAACUUAAUUGAGGUGUGCUUUAAGGUACUAAUGAAAGAUUACAUGGCAUGCUGGAUGAGAGACUCUGUCAGGUCUCUGGGUUAGAGUUAAACUAUUGUUUUGCACCUUGAUACUUGAAAUGGGGAAUGUUUGUCAUAGCCUGACUUGAAUGUGAUAUGGAUCAGGGUAACAACCAGGGUAUAACCUCUGCUCACAGGGUGAAAGCCUGUGACAACCAGUGUAUAACGACUAUGUAUAUUUAACCAAUACCCACUGAACACAAACUGGUUGAGUCAAAUCAAAAUCUAAUUUUAUUUGUCACAUUUGGGCCAAAGUAAAAUGUUUAGACUGGUGAUUUCUAAAGUGAUUUCUCUGUUUCUCAAAGCAAUACUCAAUCCAGAUGUUGCUUUAAUGAUUUCAAUGAAAGAGUAUUUUUAAGAGAUAAAUAAAUGUGAAAGAAAGCGGGGCAGAGACAUAGAACGUGUUUGUAUCCCGAAGGAGGAGUUUACCUUUGACUCCAGAUUGAGGUCAAAGACCACAUGUUAUCCUCUCACAUCCCAUGUUAGAAGGGGACAUGCAGAUCUGUAUCAUGACUACCUCUCAAGCCCAUCAAAUAAUUGUGAAUAUUGGUGCAACAAGCUCUGCUUUGCUCUUUAUCUAUCUUAGUAUCAUCUGUCACAUACCCAAACUGUCAGGACGUUUUGCAUAAAUAAACCCCUAGUUUAUUUAAUAGUGAAUGUACCCACAUGAUAAUGCAGUAUAAUGAGUAUUUAAAGGGGAAUCAGAGGGUAAACAGGGGAAAUGUUAGCUCUGGAUCAAUAGUUUCCACCACACUUAACAGCUGCCUAAAGUUGCCUUUACAAACAGAGUAAAGCCAAUAAUGAUCACACAUGAACACUCCUAUUAGAAGUGAAACAGCCUUUUUAUACCAGGUUUUCCAAUUGAGAAACUCCAUGGCAGUAGUUUCAGAAAUGAUUUUAAAAAAACAUGAAAUCAACCUACACAUCGUGAAAACAAUGUAAUAAGCACAUAAUGGACUAGGGAAAGUAGCAGACAUUUUGGUUCUUGUGUUUAACUUGUCUUUGAAUAAAAGUUGGAUUUUAACUGGUCAUACUGUAUAUUAAAAAACCUUUACUAAGAUUAGAAAAGAGUUUUACCACCAAGACUUUGACUACUCAGAUUAGAGGGAUUUAGUCAGGCUAACUCACUGAAAGUUAUUAUAAUGUCUACCAGUGUUUGUGUUAGGCAUUGGCAUCUCCAUACAAUGUUAAUUAGUUAUGUUACGUUCCUCAGCAAGAAAGCCAAAAAUGUUCCUCAAACAGAAGGCGGAAAUAACAAAGAGUCACUGACAACAAACAAAUCGAAACAGAUGGGGUUUUAGGACAGGUUCUGAAAGACAAUUGUGGGGGUGUCCACUGAAUGUUGACUAGCAACAACAACGGGGACCUAAAAGACACCCACCAUGAGUACCCACUAAAUUUACCCAAUAAGAGGCCAACAAAAGAAAAACCCACACCAAACUUAAAGACAGGAAGCAAACCAAAAAGUGGAGCUACAUGAGAGCUACAGUCCGGGUACCAGCCUUUUAAGCUAACAUUCCACUCCUGCAAAUAACAGGAGUGGCAAGGAGUAGAAUGUAAUAUCUAAACAGAGACAGCAAUCAGGCUAAGAUGACCUGGGUCGUUACUGUCACGAAUAGUACCGAUGUUGACUCCCCUUCUGGUUCAGGUGGCGCUCGGCGGUCGUCGUCGCCGGUCUCCUAGCUGCCACCGAUCCUUUGUUCUGUGUUUUGUUCCUUUGUUUUUGUCUAAUUGGUUUCACCUGUUCCUUGUUUGGUUGUUAGGGUGGGGUUAUUUAAGUUGGUUUAGCCCGCUUCUCUUUGUGCGGGCUUGUUCUACUGUAUUGUGAGAGGUGUUAGUAUUUUGUGUUGGGUUUUACGCUGUCCUAGUAUUUUACCAUAAGGGUCCUAUUUGUUUUAUAGUUUCGCCUGUGUUGGGUAAAUACUAUUUUGAUCUUUUGAUUACGGACAUUAAAGCGUGUUUUUUCCCGCA